AUGUUGCCUGGUGCAGACGCAAUCUCGUCGCUGCCGCUCUCCGUGACGGUGCCGGCUGCCACAACUCUCGCGGCAUAUCUCAAUGCGCGAUUCUCCUUUUUCUACGAUGUCAAACUCGUCAGCUCUAUCGCCAGGGCCGUGUUCCGCCGUAAUUUCUGGUCAUGGAAAGGUCGUGCCAAUCUCUUCUACAAUCUUGAAGGCCAUGCGUUGGAUUCCAAGAUGGGCUCUCAGCCGUUUUUGGUAUAUCAGGGCAAGACAUGGACGUUUCAGGAGACGUAUCAGACUGUCCUACGAUACGGAAACUGGCUGAAGAAGACGCAUAAUGUUAGGCCUGGCGAUGUAAUAGCGCUAGAUUUUAUGAACUGCCCAGCAUUCUUGUUUAUGUGGAUGGGUCUUUGGAGCAUUGGUGCCAUCCCUUCCAUGAUCAACUACAAUUUGACAAAAGCACCUCUCGAGCAUUGCGUCAGAAUAUGUGAUGCAAAGCUUCUUAUUGUCGAGGGCGACUUGCGCUCACAGUUCCCCCCAGAGCAAGUGGCCGUGUUCAAUACCCCUGGUUUCAAGAGAGACGGCGGCUCUAUCGAAGUUAUAUUUCAUGACAGUGAACUGGAAUCUCAAAUAUUGACUACCGAUGCCGUGCGGCCUCCUGACUCGGACCGUGGGAACCAAGAACUCACAUCAACUUGCAUGUUCAUCUACACCAGCGGAACUACUGGUCUUCCCAAAGCAGCUAUUAUCACGUGGAGUAAGGCUAUCACCGGCGCAACUUUUAUGCAUGAAGCGAUGGAUCUCCGACAAACGGAUCGUGUAUACACUUGUAUGCCACUGUACCAUUCUACUGCAGGUAUUCUUGGGUUUGGGUGCUGCCUGCUCAACGGCACAAGUCUCGCCAUUGGCCGGAAAUUCUCAGCAAGGAAUUUCUGGAAUGAGGUCAAUGAGAGCGAAGCCACCGUUGUACAGUAUGUCGGAGAAACCCUCCGAUAUCUGCUCGCGACGCCUCCGAGAAUCGAUCCAGUUACAGGCGAGGACUUGGACAAGAAACAUAAAGUUAGAAUGGCCUAUGGAAAUGGACUUCGUCCAGAUGUUUGGGAUCGGUUUAAGAAACGAUUUGGGGUCGAGACAGUUGCGGAGCUAUAUGGAGCUACGGAGGGACUAUCACUCUCUCUGAACGUGUCCUCUAACGACUAUGCAACUGGUGCUAUCGGGCGCAAUGGCAGUCUAGGGAACUUUCUUUUGCAAUUUUCUACAAUUGUCAUUGAACUGGACCCAUUAACGGAGCUUCCUCGUCGUGAUAAAUCAGGACUGUGCAUUCUGGCUGCUUCGGGUGAGCCUGGAGAACUGCUAUAUGCAGUCGAUGCAGACGACAUCGAGAAGAAGUUUCCAGGGUACAUAAACAACAAAGAGGCAAAUACUAAGAAGAUCCUUCGUGAUGUCCGUAAGAAAGGCGAUGCGUGGUUCCGGACCGGAGAUAUGGUGCGGUGGUCAGCCGAUGGAUUGUGGUAUUUCUCAGAUAGGCUUGGCGACACUUUCCGCUGGCGCAGCGAGAACGUCUCAACCAACGAAGUCAGCGAAAUUCUAGGUAAACACCCAGAAAUCCACGAGGCCAAUGUAUACGGCGUUGAAGUGCCUCACCACGACGGGAGAGCGGGCUGCGCUGCGCUGAUAUUCAAGGACCAGGCGCAAGCCACUGAUCCCAACUCGAUUCUGGAGCCUUCUCGUGAUAUCUUGCGGUCUCUAGCUACGCAUGCGUCUAGUAACUUACCAAAAUAUGCUGUCCCGCUUUUCCUCCGAGUGACUGCUGCUAUGCAAGCGACCGGGAAUAAUAAGCAGCAGAAAACCACGCUCCGGAUGGAAGGCAUUGACCCUGUGCGCUUGGAGAAUAGCAACAGCACUGACCGGAUGUAUUGGUUGAGAAACGGAUCAUACGUGCCGUUUGGCAAGAAGGAAUGGCAGAACUUGCAAGGGGGUAAUGUGCGGCUGUGA